GGGCGGUCCUUAGAGUAUGAGACGGUUGUGACAGCGUUUUUUGUCAUUACGCUGUCAAUAGCUGCAUUAUCUAUUUUUGUCAGUGCCUGGAGGCUAACUGGUCGACGACCGCUGUUUUAUGAUCUAUUUCUAGUUGAAAUACAUUCAUGGGGUGCCAGAAGAUUUGUACAGGUACUACAGUUGGGUCAAGAGUUCCGUCCACUCGGUUCAUGGAGUGAGGUGAUGGCACGUAUGCGGUCACGGGCGCCCCCAGUCGCGUUCGACACCAAUGUUGUUAUACAAUCACCUGCUACGGUGAUGGACGAAUCAACUGCAAGUUUCAGCAUUCCUUCACCUUCUUCGUCCACGCUUUGGGAAAUCGAAAUGCCGGUGGCAACUUCCGGUGGAGGAAGUGACGUGUCGCAUGAAAGCCAUUUUGCCGCAGCUGCUGCCAUCGCAGUAUUGGGACGAGGGUUUUUUUUUGAUGGACGGAACUCUCUUCCUUAUCUUUCAUAUCCAUGUGAAACUUCUAUAGAAAAACAUGAAGAAGAAGAAGAUCAUGGAAAUAGUUCCGUUGAAGCGGAAGGAGAUUCGGUGAUUCGCCUCAAAUUUCUCGACGAUACUCAAAGGGAUGCCCGCACUACCAUGACUGAUACGAUUGGAAAAUUCAAGAGUGUUCACUUUGGUGAUGCUGUCGCUGCUGGCCGGGUUGUGAGGUUAAUCUACCAAGGACAACUACUACGGGAAGAUUCGAGAACGUUAGCAUCUUACGGUCUUCGCGACGGAUGCGUAGUUCAUUGCCAUAUCAGUAAUACUCCAUACCGGUUUUACAAUUAUUUUUACACAAUACCUCCAAUAUCGUUAUUACUUGUUUUAGGCCCCAUCUACUUCGGUGCCAGUGUCCUACUCCUCUGGAUUGAGACAUCGAGACGCCGCUCCCAACAAUGCACCUUCCACGUCCAAUCGCAAGGUUUCACUUUAGUCAUUGCGGCUGAAAAAGCCGCUUGUUAUUCUCUAAAACCUACUCGAGGGGUAACAAUCGCUGCUUCAGAAUUUCGUUAUCCACGUUGGGCGGUUGCUGUACUACUGUACACUUAUCGGUUUCCUCUGAUUGGUGUACCGUUGGAUGCCAUAAUUCGAUUUAUGUUUGAUAGGCAGAUGGCACCUUCAGCGGAACCAGGAGUCUUUCGUCGUACCUACCAAAGGUAUUUUUUGUUGGAAUUCGGCGAUUUUAUUGCACCAUUUCGUUCGGCGUAG